AUGGAGCUUCAAACCUUGGCUCGUGAAGGAAACUGGAGCUCUUUCGAUCCAUCGGUGUCUGUUGGCAACUCCGAAGUGAUGAAGAUGCAAAUGCAUUACCCUCAUGACUUCGUUAAUGAGCAAGAUGAAGAUCCAAUCUUAUCGAUGUUCUGGUCGUUCGAAAACUACAACCCAUUCUGUUGGCCUCAAGGCAACUCCACCCCCUGUAGCACUACAAAUGCGAGUAGUUAUCUUUGUCCCCUUGGCAAUAGCUAUGGAGGAGGAUACAGUGUGAGCGACCACAGCAUGGUUUAUGCAACCAGCAUCGGCUCUGUUCCAAUGGAUUUCGGCGACCAAAUUAACUCGGCAUCAUUUCCGGUCGCUCUCUAUCUUCGAGUCGAGGAGAUGAGCAGCAAUGAAGCUUUUGAUUUCUCCGAAAAGCCGCCAUCAUGCCUCUCUUCAGAUCAUGACUCCAGAGCCAUUAAGAAAAGAGCAAGCAUGAAGGAGGUUGAAAUGAUCGAGAUGACCAAGAACAAGGCUCAAACUUUCGCAUCUGUGCGUAAGAAGGCAAAGAAAGCACAAGGUAAGAAGGCUCAGAAGAGAGUCAGUAUUCCCAACCAUGAAGAGGGCAAUGUCGACUUAAAUGGACAGAGCUCCAGCUCCCACAGCUCCGAGGAUGACUCCGGUAGUUCUAACUCGAAAAAAUUGAUCACUUUGAAUCGUAAAGAGAAGCCAAGAGUAGGUCACGGUUCCUCUACUGAUCCCCCAAGUCUUUAUGCAAGAAAGAGGAGAGAAAGAAUCAACGAGAGACUCAGAAUUUUGCAGAAUUUGGUUCCAAAUGGAACAAAAGUAGACAUUAGCACAAUGCUCGAAGAAGCUGCUCAAUAUGUAAAGUUCUUACAACUGCAAAUUAAGCUUUUGAGCUCUGAUGAUAUGUGGAUGUUUGCACCAAUUGCUUACAAUGGCAUGAACCUUGGGUUUGAUCUAAAGAUCUGUCCGAGCGCGCAAGGUUGA